GGACCUUAUAAUAUAAAAACUCGACCUUUUUUUUUUUGUUGUUGUUGUUCUUGUCGUUUAAGGGUUCAUUAAGUUCAAUGAUAAUUAUUACAUAAAUCUUAUUUAUUUAAACGCUAUUCGUCUUAAAUAAGAUCAGACAUAUAAAAAUUACUUUAAGAAUGUCACAAGCUAUUGAACAACAACAAAAUAAUCAUGAAGAAGAACAUGAUAGUUUACACAGCAGUCGGGAAAGUACAAUGACAGCUUUUGAUCAAGACUUGGAACAACCAGCAGAAAAGACAAAAGAUUCGUUAGAGACAUUUUCAGCUUUUUCAAAGAAAACUAAACUAUUAAUUGUCGUUAUUUGUUGUUUUGCUGGCAUUGUAUCACCACUUUCUGCUAAUAUUUAUUUUCCUGCAUUAGAUGCAAUUCAAAAAGAUUUAAACACAACGACUGAACUUGUAAAUUUAACAGUAACAGUCUAUAUGAUAUUUCAAGGUAUUUCACCUUCCUUUUGGGGUUCAUUAGCUGAUCUUUGGGGACGUCGACCCGUUUAUCUCUCUACUUUAGUUGUCUAUAUGGGUUCCUGUAUUGGUCUUGCAUUAGCUCCUAAAUUUUAUGUUUUACUCAUCUUGAGAAUGCUUCAAGCGUUUGGAUCGAGUUCUGUAGUUGCUAUUGGUGCGGGAGUUGUAGGUGACAUUGCGACCCCCUCAGAACGUGGUGGCUACUUUGGGAUAUUUUCAAUGGGUCAAAUGUUGGGACCUGUGAUUGGACCUGUUUUAGGCGGUAUCAUUGCAGAGUAUCUCUCAUGGAGAUGGAUCUUUUGGAUUUUAUUAAUAGUGGGUGCUUCUUUUUUCAUUGUCAUUUUCCUCUUUUUGCCCGAGACGUUAAGAUCUCUUGUGAACAAUGGCUCUGGUUAUGCUAAUCCAACACCUUAUCAAUGGUGGCAAAGACGUAAGGCAGCCAAGAAGGAAAAAGAAUCGACACCAACAGCAGUAAUAGCUGAUGAUGAUAGUUGCUCAACCAUUAUUCAUGAAAAUAAAGGAAAUCAAAAAAGUCGUUUCCUUCAAAUCCCAAACGUCACUCAACCUUUCCUUUAUUUAUUAGAAAAGGAUAUAGCAGUCGCAUUAAUUUAUAAUGCAAUUCAUUAUGCUACUUAUUACUGUUACCUAACCUCAACUCCAAGUCAGUUUGUACUCAUCUAUAACAUGAGUGAGAUUCAAAUCGGUCUUUGCUUUUUAUGUCAGGGCGUUGGUUGUGUUCUAGGAUCGUUUGUAGAAGGUAGAUUAUUAAAUCGUGAUUUUAGAAUUAUUGCAAAGCAAUCUGGUUUUGAAAACACAACACGAGGCAAACUUCCCAUCGAUUUCCCCAUCUUUAAAGCUCGUCUUCGUUCAGUUUGGAUAAAUGCAGGUUUAAUCCAAGUCAUUACCUUAUUUUAUGGUUGGAUGCUUUAUAUUCGUGCCCCACUUGCCGUCAUUCUUGUAUUACAAUUUAUCGUUGGAUUUGCCAAUACAUCCGUCUUUAAUGUCUUUCAGACAUUGGCCGUUGACCUCUUCCCUGGUAAAAGUGCUACCAUUACCGCCUCUAAUAAUUUAGUCCGUUGUUUGUUAGGUGCCGUUGCGACUGUGAGUAUAGAACCCGGUAUUCAAGGUGUAGGCGCUGGAUGGAUUUUUACCAUUAUUGGUCUCAUUUGUAUUGCAUCUAAUAUUUUAAUUCCUGUGCUAUUAAAGUUUGGUCCUCGUUGGAGGAAAGCACGUAUGGAAAGAGUAGCUCUUGAAAUGAAAGAACAAGAAAGUUAAAUGUUCUUUUUUUUUAUUUUUAUUUUUUUAAAAAAAAAGAAACAAAGCAAAGCAAAGCAAAACAAAGCAGAGCAUGUACUAUAGCUUACCUUUUAGACUCAAAUAUAACAUACAAUAUAAUAUAAUAUAAUAUACACAUACAUAUAUACAUAUACAUACAUAUACACAUAUAUACAUAUAUAAAUAUCCCUACCACCACCACCACAUCCCCUUUUAUAUGCACAUAUAAAUAUAUGAAUAUAUAUCACUAUACACCUUAUACAUAUAUAUAUACAAAGCUUGUUAAUAAUAAACAAAUAAAUGAACAAUUAUAC